AUGUCGCAAAGUAUUGAAAAACCACCAUCUGUCUACAGCUGGAUUGAGGAAAAUUCUUAUAUUUGUACUUUUGUGACAAUGGAUGAUCAACCAGAAAUAACUUUUUUGUCUGAAAAUGAGGGAACUGAGUGUUCAUCAUGCCCUGAGGUUCCAGUUCACCUUGUUCCAAGACAAGCCUGUGCUACAAUAAAAAGACCAAAAGAUGAUGUUGUACAUAUUAGUUGUCAACCACUACCAGAACUUUGUGUUGUUGAAUUUCGAAAUAGAUAUUCUGAAUUUUUUCAAAGAGUUGAAAAAAUUUUUGAAAAACAUUUACUUUUAAAAAAUUUAGAUAACCAAAAUAAAUCAUUAUUACCAGCACAAACAUUAUUAAAUAAUACAUUAAAAAAAACUACAUUACCAACAAUAUCAACACUUAUCAGAACAACUAAAGCACCCUCAGUAUUUAAUUUUAAAAUAAUUAAUAAUAAUAAUGAUGAUCGUUUAGAAAUGUUAUCGUCAAAGAAUUUAUUAAAAGAUCAAUUAAUGAAAAGUAAUAUAAAACAGAAAUUAAUAGAUGAUUUAAGAAAAGAAAGGCAAAAUGAAACAAUAAAUUUUAUGGAAAAUAGACAAAAUAUUGAAACAUCAACGAUCAUUACUUCAACUAUUUUUACUUCUACUACUACUACAACUAAUCAUCAGGAAUUAAUUAUACCACCAUUAAUUAAUAAACAAUUUGAUGAAGAAUCAUUAGAUAAAAAAAAUUUUACUUUUAAUGAAAAAAAUAUUAUUAUUACAAAUAUUUCAUUACCCUCUAAAAAUGAAUCAAAUGAAUUGAAUAUACAACAUUUAAAAAAGAAUAAAAGAAUAACUAAUAGUACUAUAACAAUUUUAAGAAAUAAUCAACCACAUUUUUUAAAUAAUUUAAAUAAAACAAAUAAAUUUAUUCAAAAUAAUAUUUUUAAUGAUACACUUUUAUAUAAAAAGGACAAUGAUGUUUGUGAAGAUAAAAGCAAGAUUUGUUGCUUCUGGGCUUUGACAGGAGAAUGUACUACAAAUCCAUUCUGGAUGAGAACAAAUUGUCCACAGGCAUGUGGAACGUGUGGGUGUAAACUAAGAGAUGCUGAUAAAUGUAUAUCAACAGGUAUCAAAUGUCAAUUAUUAACAACAACAACAGCAAAAACAACAACAAAUGAAAUAACAUUACCAACAAUACCAUCAACCACAAAAAUUACGAUUAUUCAAGAAUUAAUAAAAAAAAAUAUUACUAAUUUUGAAAAUGAUAAAAUGGCAGAUGUUAAAAAACUUAAUAGAAAAUUGAUAAAAAAUAAUAAUAAUUUUUCAUCAGAUUUUAGUAAAAAUAUGUUUUUAAAUAACAAAAAUGUUAAACAAAUAAUUAACACGGGAAUUACAUUUCCAGAUAGAACCACAAAAUUGACAACUAUAAAAACGACAAUUCCAACAACAAUCUUAACAACCACAUUAAUGACAUCUACAACAAGCAAACAAAAAAAAUUACAAAGUACAAGUGAGAUACCUUGUAAAGAUCAUCAUAAUAAUUGUAAAUUUUGGUCUCUAUUAGGCGAAUGUAUAAAAAAUCCAUUUUGGAUGAAAACACAAUGUGAAAAAUCUUGUAAUACAUGUGGUAUAGAGUUAGAUAAAAUAUUUGCACCAACACCACAUCCUGGAUGUUAUAAUCAUCAUAAAUUAUGCCAAUUUUGGGCAUUUAAUGGAGAGUGUGAAAAAAAUCCUAAUUGGAUGCUUAUAAAAUGUAAAUUAAGUUGCCGUGUUUGUUAA